UCAUCAUUCAAAUAAACUCUUCACGUGUUCUUGACAAAUGUAUUGGAAUGCACACAAAAAAAAAGUAACAAAAAAUCAUUUUAAAAAAAUGACUUAAUUAUUAUCGGAAUGUUGUAAUACACUUUCUAUAUAAAAGGAGCGCCACUAAGUCCGGAAGUACGCGACUUCAGUUUAUUUGGAAUAUUGCCAAAAAAUAAGUUUUCAAACGGAAAUAAUUUUGCUAAAAUUUAUAUAAGGAAUUUUAUCGUAAUAUCAAGAAUGGGAAUGAUAACACGAGUCCGGGGGCGUAUUAGAGCAAAUUCAUUUGGCGUCGAUAAGGAGAAAACGGCACAAAGCGUUUGUCUUUUGAGUGCAGUACUGUUGUUGCCCUAUUGCCCAAGAGGCCCUCUCCCUUUAUUGCCCCCACCUGCACCCGCACUUUAUUCUGCCCUUGUACUUCCGGUGGUUUUCAGUGCCAACUACAGAUAUCCGGUUUCAAUUUUGAAAACCAUCGUUCAAGCAAUUAGAGAUCUUGCCAAAAAAGGAUGGAAGCCUUUAAGUGGAUUCUUGAAACGCGUCCAUGGACCAAUUGACAGGGCAGAGAAUCUCUUUUUAAAAAUGAAAAAUCUCUCCCUAAUGAUGAAUCAAAUAGUAUUCUUGAUGCUGUCUGACAAGGUGCUUGUUCCUCAACAAAGAAUGACCUGCUUGUACACUCUCAUGUUCUACAAUGUAAUUGCCUAUUGUGUCAGUUACAUUAAGGAGCUUAUUGAAAAGGAGGAUUGGUCACCUUACGUCACACUCACCGAAAGAUCGCAAAUUAAACAUCUCGCCAUGUCAGCGACAAAAAUUGUUCUUGAAUGGACGAAGGCCGUUACAUUCGUUGUCACCAUCACUUUUAUGCUACUUUUCUUCGGCCUCGAACAAGGACUGGAAAAUUAUAAACCUUCAAUGAUGUACACGUCCAUUACAUGGCUCUACUAUUUAGCAACAGAGAAGGUAUUCGUGGAAAUGUUCCCAGGCAUUCUAAUAUUUCUUCAAUUGGAAAUUCUCGAGAAUAUUGAAAAUCUUUAUGCACCAGUGAUUCUUCGUUGUUUUACAAUUGUAAUGUCAUCAAUUUUCACGCUUAUUCUACUACCCACGGCGUCAUGGCGAUUUUUACUAGUCACCACCUAUAUAAAUGUCUAUUUACGAACCAAAGAACUUGCACAAAAUUCCGGUGCUGUUCUACAAAAAGAAAGGGAAAUUCUCAAUAGAUAUAGAAAAGCGACAAAUGAGGAAAUUGAAAAAUUCGACGAUGUUUGCGCCGUUUGUCUAUUUGCAAUGACAAAAGCACGAAUUACACCGUGUCAUCAUAUAUUCCAUGCCGAUUGUCUAAGACAGUGUAUCAAAAGCAGUGACAAAUGUCCAAUGUGUAAACGAGAACUUAAAUUCGAUUGAAAGAGGUUUUUUUUUUUUAGGAAAAACAAAUAUAAUAAUAAUUGUUUCUUCGAUGACGCAAUACGCUGUGAUAAGAGAAAAAUAACAGAAUAAGCUUUCAUAUUUUUCAUUUUGUCUUCGUUGAUUUCCAUUUGUUGAAUGAAAAUACCAAAAGGGAACCAAAAGGGAACAAAGAAAAAAAUUUCUUAUUGGGGCAAUAUGGAUGUAGUUUAAUUUUUAUAACUAAUUAGAUUAAAAUUUACGUUUAACGGAGAAAUUUCUUAACUUGAAGAUUAAAUUCAAAAUGGCGGAUCCAAUAUGGCGUACAUUUUAUUUGAUUCGGUUAAAGCUUGUCAUCCGGGGUCGCUAAUUAUGAAUCUGACGUCAGUUUUUUAAUAUUCAAAAUGGCGGAUUCAAUAUGGCGGACACUUUUUUUUAAAUUUCAUUCAAUUUGGUUAAUGCUUGUUUUUCGGGGUUUUUUGGGCGCUAAUAACGAAUAAGGCGUCACUGUUUCAAUAUUCAAAAUGGAGGCCUCGAACCAGUGAAAGUAUUUAAAAUAAUACGAACUUACAGACCAAAAAUGAAAAAUUACGGACCAUUUACGAACCAAUUACUGACAAAAAUAUAACCAG